AUGACGCGGACUCCACGUUAUAAAUAUAUAACUGGCAUAAUUGCGGUGACCGCAGUGCGGUGUGCGGAAGUUGAACUCAAUGUCGGCACUGCCGACUCGGCAGUUACGCGGUCCGAUUAUCGAUCAUUGGGGAGGGGCAUCACCGUCGAGGUUGGUCGGGCCCACUUCGAAACACCUAAUAGACGAUUUACCAUCUUGGAUGCUCCCGGUCAUAAGAACUAUGUACCGAAUAUGAUCUCUGGCGCGGCCCAGGCCGAUAUCGGCGUGUUGAUGAUCUCCGCUCGAAAGGGCGAAUUUGAGACUGGCUUCGACAAGGGUGGUCAGACUCGUGAGCAUGCUAUGCUUGCCAAGACCUUAGGUGUGAAUAAACUGAUCAUCACUGUGAAUAAAAUGGACGAUCCGACUGUGAAUUGGUCUAAGGAGAGAUACGACCAAAUAGUUGAGAAGUUGACUCCCUUCUUGAAGGGCUGUGGCUUUAAUGUAAAGAGCGAGGAUGACGUCUUCUUCCUCCCCAUCUCUGGUCUCAAAGGUCAGACUACUACCUUAUCGUUAUUGGUAAACAAUACUAUCAUAUCANNNNACCGAAAUCGAAACUCGGGAAAAGUUAUCCGAACCGAAGCCGAUCGAAACAGAACACGUGGCAGAUAA